UUUCCAUCUCUCUGAUUAGGGUUUCUUUGUUUUUGAAUUAAAAGUUGUUCAAGUUUCACUUUUGAAGGAAAAGAUUGUGCGAGUUUAGUACGAUCUACUACUCCGGCUGUUAUUUUAACGUAAAUGACAACAAGUUUUCGUAGAGUUCUUGCGACUCGACAACAAGUGCUAACCUCGCUGGCUUUGGAGGCCCUGCGGCCACUAAUCACCGACACAACCUCCUCACCGUCACCAGAAUCAGCCGCUGGUCUUGUUGUCGCAAAGUUCUAUAAGAGAGGUAUCCUUGACCAAAAGUAGCAAUGGCUUCAAACAAUGUCCCCUUGGAGAUCUGCAUGAUUCCACAAGAAUCGGUUCAAAACAAGCCAAAACGAAAGGUUGGAGGUUGGGGUCCAGCAUUUCUUCUUCUCGCAAAUCAAGCCCUCGCAACAUUUGCUUUCUUUGGUGUUGGCGUCAACUUGGUGUUGUUCUUGACCCGGGUCAUGGAUCAAGGCAACGCUGAUGCCGCCAAUACUGUCAGCAAAUGGACUGGCACCGUCUAUCUAUGCUCCCUUCUCGGAGCUUUCCUUAGCGAUUCUUACUGGGGUCGUUAUCUCACUUGCAUGAUCUUUCAAGUUAUCUUAGUCCUGGGAUUGAUGCUAUUAUCACUAACUUCUUGGCUAUUUCUGGUAAAACCUGCUGGGUGUGGAGAUGGAGAAAAACAUUGUAUUCCAACAUCAUCAAAGGGAACAAUGAUGUUUUAUUUAUCAAUCUACAUGGUUGCAUUAGGCUACGGCGGUCACCAGCCAACGUUGGCAACUCUUGGUGUAGACCAAUUUGAUGAGUCCAACAAAAAAUAUAUCGAAAAAGGCGCCAAGGGGGCUUUCUUUGCCUACUUCUAUGCUGCACUCAACAUCGGAUCUUUGUUCUCGAACACCAUUCUCGUGUACUAUGAAGAUAUUGGUCAUUGGACAAUAGGGUUUUGGGUGUCUAUGGGGGCCGCAAUUAUAGGUUUGUUAUCUUAUUUGUGUGGUUCGUUUCAUUAUCGGCAUGUUAAGGCGUCUGGAAACCCUCUGCCACGCGUUGCUCAAGUAUUUGUCGCAGCGUGUCGGAAAUGUAAAGUUCGUGUUGAUGAUGAGAAGCAGUUGUAUGAAGUUGAAGGCUCGCAUUCGGCUAUAAAAGGAAGUCGAAAGAUUCUUCAUAGCGAGGAGUUCAAGUGUCUAGAUAAGGCGGCGGUAGUGACGAACAACGAUUUAUCAGGCCCGCAUAACCACUGGAGACUAUGCACAGUAACACAAGUAGAAGAAGCAAAAUGCGUCAUAAGAAUGCUCCCAAUCUGGCUCUGCACGAUCAUAUACUCCGUCAUAUUCACUCAAAUGGCAUCACUAUUCGUCGAACAAGGCGCAGUCAUGAAUUCCCACAUUGGAAACUUCAGGUUACCAGCUGCCAGCAUGUCGGUGUUUGACAUCUUCAGCGUCCUAAUCUGCACCCUCAUCUACCAGAAAGUGUUAAUCCCGUUAGCUGGACGGGUAAGCGGAAACCCUAAAGGGAUAACCGAGCUUCAACGAAUGGGAGUUGGUCUGAUCAUUGGACUUUUCGCAAUGGUUGCGGCUGGAGUCACUGAGGUCGAGAGGCUAAAACGAUCAAUUCCUGGAGAACAUACGAGCACGUUGAGUAUAUUCUGGCAAGUCCCACAAUAUGUGUUGGUUGGUGCGUCUGAGGUUUUUAUGUAUGUUGGACAGUUGGAGUUUUUUAACGGUCAGGCGCCUGAUGGGAUCAAGAGUUUUGGAAGCUCGUUGUGCAUGGCGUCGAUAUCACUUGGAAAUUAUGUAAGUAGCCUUUUGGUUCAUAUGGUGAUGACUAUCACGGCUAGAGGAGAUGAAGACGGGUGGAUACCGGAGAAUUUAAACGAUGGUCAUAUGGAUAGGUUUUAUUUCUUGAUUGCGAUUUUGACCGUGUUUGACCUUGUGAUCUAUGUUUAUUGCGCUAAGAAGUAUAAGUGCAUUAGCGUUGAGGGAAGUGAUAAUGAGCCGAAGAAGGAGGAGAUCUAGUUCGUGAAGCGGUUUGGAAUUCAGCGUUAUAGGGUUUAAGGU